AUGGAGGAAGCGGAUGUGCUGGGCGAUCGCAUCGCGAUAAUGGCCCACGGUCGGCUGCAAUGCGUCGGGUCCUCCUUGUUCCUGAAGAAGCACUACGGGAGCGGCUACACCUUAACGGUUACGAAGACAUCGGACUUUCAAGAGGGGAAAGUCCUGUCCCUUCUGCAAAAUUCGUGCCCGGAAGCAGAGCUGAAGAGCAGCGCAGGCAGCGAAGCAAGUUACACGCUGCCCUCCUCGACGACGCACGUCUUCCCCACGGUCCUCGAAACGCUGGAGAAGACGAAGGCCCAGCUCGGCAUCCGAAGCUUCGGCAUCUCCGCCACCACCCUCGAAGAAGUCUUCCUCAGGGUCGGAGAGGGAGCAGAAGCUAAGGGAGACAUCGGGCAGACUCCACCCGGUCCGAACGACAUCCAUCGUGCCAGCACCUCCAGGCUGAUCGAGAUGGAAGGGAAGAAGAGUAGCAAUUACAUUUUUGUCCUGCAAUUGAGAGCCCUUCUCACAAAAAAGUUCAUUUACAUCUCACGGAAAUGGAAACUAAUGAUCGCCCAGGUGACGAAACAGUCUCCAUUUUCAUUCCCCUCUUCUCGUCAUUCCAUCCACAAGAAGCAUUUUCCAUUUCACUCCCAGGCCAUCAUACCACUGGGCCUGGUCCUUGGCGCUCUGUUCAUCGACAAAGCCUUGACGGCCCCAGAUCCAGAGCCUUUCUCGUUGGACAUGAACGUGGGCAUCUACGGGGAGAACUUCGUCCUGUAUGAAGUCUGGCCUGGUCUCGAUGGAAAACUCAUCAACUGCUUUCUCGAUGGACUGCCGGGUUCCAGUUCGCCUGAGAGCUCGGACGGACUGGACUUCAUCCAGAACUUGUUGAGAAUCGGGACAGAUGAUUUGGAGAAGUACCGAUUCCAGUACGUCAUCGGCGGAUCCCAGACCAUGAAGGAAAGGCCGUUAAACGGAACUCCCACUUUCACAGCCUUCUAUCAGUCCUCCCCGCUUCACAGUAGCGGGAUCACAGUGAACCACAUGAGCGACGCCGUCGCAAAGUUCAUCCUCGGGGCGGAGCAUUCCAUCCUCGCGUCCAACCAGCCACUCCCUAGGAGCAUGUUGAAUGAAGCGAUCCAGAGUUUCAGGCGUAAAGAUGAGUACUAUGUGUUCUUGGAGUCAUCCACGAUAUACGCCAGCCUCCUGGCCCUGGGGAUGUCCCUCCUCGCCAGCUCCUUCGCCAUCUUCCCCACCGAGGAAAACGGAUCGACCUCCAAGCAACUCCAACUCAUGACCGGGGUGCGGUCGGAGUGGUACUGGGUGGCGCACUUGAUGGGGGAUGGAUUGGUCUUCCUCGUCGUUUCUGCCUUGGUCGUCGGGAUCGUGGGCGGAGUCGAUGUCAACGGAAUCUUUGCUGAUAAUCACGGGUGUCUCGGUUCUUUCUUCUGUCUGUUGCUGAUGUACGGCUUCGCCGCCCUUCCCUUCGCCUACGUCUUCAGCUUCCGAUUCAAGAACAGCGGGGCGGCGUUCGCGGUUCGCACGCUCGUGGAUGUCUUUUUCGGGGUGUCGUUCUUGGCGGUCGCAUUGAUUUUCGAGUUAGAUGAAAUUAGGAAGAACAUUGCACCGAUCAUGAAGGUCCUCGGGGGCCUGUUCCCAACCUUCGGUUUCGGCCACGGCAUCUUCAACCUCAUCGACCUGGCCUACAAGAACGCCCGAUGCAAGGCCAUCGGAGACGACAUAUUAAAGUUCUUGUGCUCCAGCCCCAACAUCACCCAAGAGGCUGUCCCUCUCACCAUCUGCUGCGACAACUGCAAGGACAUGCCGCUUGGCUGCUUCGAGCCCGAGAGCUUCAUCAGACCGGAAGGCGUGAGCAUCCUGCAAGCCAUCAUCAUACUGGGAUGCUCGGGCCUCUUCUGGUUCGUCUGCCUCUUCGUCCUCGAGCAUCGGUACCUGCAGCGACUCUUGGCCAGGCUCUUCGGAUAUUCUGUGGCGGAUGCCUCUGGGAAGAUUCAAGUGGACGAGGAUGUUCUGCAUGAGGAGGAGCGGAUCAAGGACCUUCUCCAAAUAGGAGACGCGGAGAAGGACGCCCUGUUGGCCGUGGGGCUGAGCAAGUCCUUCGGGCGCUUCGUCGCCGUGGAUCGCUUGAACAUCGGGGUCCACCACGGCGAGUGCUUCGGCCUGCUGGGCGUGAACGGGGCGGGGAAGACGACGACGUUCAAGGUGCUGACAGGAGCGGAAGACAUGACCUCGGGCGGGGCGUGCAUCCUGGGAUUUGACCUUGGCCUGAAGCGUAGAAAGUACCUGUGUCACGUGGGCUAUUGCCCUCAAUUCGAUGCCCUGGUGGAUCUGAUGACCGGGAAGGAGACCCUGCUGAUGUAUGCCCGACUUCGAGGUAUUCCUGAGUCCGUUGCGGAACAACACGUCCAAUCGCUUAUUGACAAACUUGGACUCACGGAGUAUAAAGACAAGCACUGUGGGACAUACAGCGGCGGAAACAAGCGGAAACUGAGCACAGCCAUCGCCAUGGUGGGAGAGCCGACUCUGCUGUUCCUGGACGAGCCGACCUCAGGCGUGGAUCCCGUCUCCAGGCGCAACAUCUGGCAGGCCCUGGUCGACUGCACCGAAAACGGCCAGAGCAUCGUUCUCACGUCCCAUAGCAUGGAGGAAUGCGAGUACUUGUGUCACCGACUCGGGAUCAUGGUGAACGGGCGGUUCCGUUGCCUGGGUAACCCGCAGUACCUCAAGGACAAGUACUGUCAAGGGUACUCCAUCAAGGUGAAGACGAGGAUGUCCGCGUCGGCAGUGAGGAUCGCAGAGCUCAAGGUCUUCCUCGCUCAAUCCUUUGCAGGAUCCUUCCCACAAGACGAAUAUAUGGGAAUGCUGAACUUCCGAGUGGAACGCCGGGAAGUGACCUGGGCCCAGCUCUUCUCGACCGUGAGGGAAAUGCAGACGAGAUUCGAGGACGUGGUCGAGGACUCUCUCGUCGGGGAAACGAGUCUGGAGGAAGUCUUCCUUUCUUUCGCGAGCGAGCAGGUCCAGCAGAGACCGAAGGCCAAGUGCCGGAUUUGCUCUUGCUUUUGCGGCGGCAGGUCCCAGUGAGGACCGACUAGGAGGAACUGAUUUUUCUUGGAAUUUUUUCGUUGCUCAAUCCUUGGCUUUGUUAUUAUUAUUGUACUCUUUGAGACAUGAUUUUGAACAAGCGAAGUCUAGACUCAACCUUGUAAGGGAAAUAAAAUUGACCUACC